AAUGUGGGUGGUUGCAUGUGCUCCUAAAUUUUAUGCAUGACUCGAUUAGUUAUUUAGGGUCUCGAAAAUCCAUGAGGAAAGAUGUUCUGUAGAACUUAACGGCGUCGUAGGGCUGAGGAAAUCCAUGGUUAAGGCCCUUGUAGGAACCAGCGCACAAGGCAGGCUCUGGAUUCUUAUUCAACACCAGCUAUCCGAAGGAAGGGAAUGGGAACGAGAGAGAGGGAGAGGGAGAGGGAUCUGGAGCUGCUGAUCCCCGUCGCAGCCAUCUCUGAAAACGGAGGCGCCAAAUCCUCGCCACCCCAUGAUACUCCUAUUGCCACCCAAAGCCGCGAGGCAUUUUCCAAAGUCAUACGUAGCUGGGCUUCGAAAAAGUUUAUGACAGGAUGUGUCAUUCUUCUGCCCAUAGCCAUCACUUUCUAUAUUACUUGGGGUUUCAUUCGUUUUGUGGAUGGUUUCUUCUCCCCUGUCUAUGAUCAUCUUGGCAUCAAUGUUUUUGGUCUUGGGUUCGUUACCUCCAUCACUUUUAUCUUUUUAGUAGGCGUUUUCAUGUCAUCGUGGUGGGGGGCUUCAGUUCUUACUCUUGGUGAAUGGUUCAUUAAGAAGAUGCCACUAGUGAGCUAUAUCUAUUCUGCCUCAAAGCAAAUAAGUACAGCAAUUUCACCAGAUCAGGACUCUAAUGCUUUUAAGGAAGUGGCCAUUGUGAGACACCCCCGUGCUGGGGAAUAUGCACUUGGAUUUAUUACCUCUACUGUUGUGCUUCAGAAGAGUGUAGGUGAAGAAGAACUUUCUUGUGUUUAUGUGCCCACCAACCAUCUUUAUCUUGGAGAUAUCUUUCUGAUUAGUUCAAAGGAUAUUCUGAGGCCAAAUUUAUCAGUUAGAGAAGGAAUCGAAAUAGUCAUCUCUGGCGGCAUGUCUGUACCUCAAAUAUUAAGUGUGGUGGAUGCAGAAGCCACGGCAAGAAGAGUUCAUAAUUUUGCAGCAUCAGAAGUAUGAUGGUUGAUUAACAAGUGUGACAGUAAGAGUUCAUUUGUCUUUAAAAUAGCAACUUGAUUCAAGCUGAUUUUACCGUUCCAAGCAAAUCUUCAAUCAUCCAACAGUAUCCAGCAUAUAAAAUUUUGAGAAGAAAGUAAGGAGGAAUGACUACUGCUAGACAACCAUCAGAAGAGAUUAUGGAGUUUCUCUAUGGCAGUGUCAAGAGGAAGCAGUAGUAGAAAUAAACGCAAUGGACGGUGCGUAGUUAUUACUUAAAACAUUCCUAUGUUUUUUGAUGGUCAUCACUAACCUUCCUUUUUGUUAAUUGUAAUAAGAAAGGCAUUGUUGUUAGCUUUUGAAGGCAAUAGAAUAAAUUCCUUACAGAUUU